AGCUCCGUCCAGUCGCCUGCAGCACUGUCUCCACUUGAGUCGAUUUUUAUAGAGUUGUUCCUUGCUGUGGCAUUGGCUUUUUUCCUUCUCAGUGCUUGCAUUAUGCCAAAUUAUGCAAUGGCCUAAAAACUAUCAGAACUGCUCAAAGACACUCAACUGUUUUCACUUUCUCUAAGACUGUAAAUCCACACUGAUAUCGAGUGCAGUGCGCAACAUGUGGGCGAUGUGACGUGUAUACAGAUGAAUAGUGUUCAGUUAUCGCUGCUCAUUGAGAUGCCGUAAAGCGCUUGGAAAAAUCACAGAGAAUGCACUUAUCCGUCGACUGAGUCAUUCGAAUGGCUGGCAGGGGCACAUCAGAGCACACGACCACUGACGACAUGGAUGAGCGUAAUCGCAUCUGGACCACGGGCAAUAUAAAUCAUGGAUUCUUCCACGAGAAUCUCCAGCAGCAGCCCCUGCCCCUUCAACGACAGCAGACGCCAGGUGCUCUGAGCCUAUUGUCCGCACCUGUUCGUGCCAUAAGCAAUGGAGCUGCCAAUGGCCAUGGCCAGGCAUCGGCAUCGGAGAGCGAUCAGGGCAAACAACUGCCUUACCAGCGAGUAAGCCCGAAUCUGAUUGGGAUCCAGUCGAGAUUUCGACGCAGCUACUACCACAAGGUCGUGCUGGGUGCACUGCUGGCACUGGUAAUCAUUCUGCUGAUAGCAAUCAUAGUCCUAAGCGUAUCCAUUAAGAAAUCGAAUCCAAUUUGUCGCAGCCCGGAGUGCAUCCGCUCAGCGGCCAGCCUUAUCUAUGCGAUGGAUGAACAGACUGAUCCCUGCGAGGACUUUUACAAAUUCACCUGCGGCCGUUGGGCCGAGGAGCAUCCGCGUCCGGACUCCGUGACCUCCAACGACUGGUUCCGGGAGCGACAGGCGCAUAUAAUGCGCGUAGUGCGGGAGUUCCUUCGAUCUAACAUCAGCAGCGCCGAGCCGGAGGCUGUGGGCAAGGCCAAGACCAUGUACGGAGCCUGCAUGGACACAAAGCAGCUGGACGAGCGAAAUCUGGAGCCCCUGGUCAGCUAUCUACUGCGCUUCCAGCUGCCCCUCCUGCCCACAUCCCUGAAUCUGACCUUGGGCAGUGAAUCGAAAUAUACAGCGCAGGUAGCCAAUGCCAGCUACAACUGGCUAGAGUCAAUGGUGGCCAUCAAACAGCAUCUCAGCAUGGACCUGAUCAUUGGCUUCGAUGUGUUUCCCGAUCCCUUUAACCGUUCCAUCAAUCGUAUAGCCCUGGGCACCCCCGAAACAGAAUCAGCAUUUCCCUUCAACAAUGAUGAUUCGCAUAAGCUGCUGCGAAAGAUCCACCGAAAGACCAUAUUUAUGCAGAACAGCGACGAGGACGACAGCGAGGACGAUCUCGAGAGCGAAGAGGAGGAAGCGGCCAAACAGACGACCUCUGGGAUGUCGGCCUACCUCAACUAUAUUCGCAAGGUCAUCGAGAAGUAUUUGCUUUACGUGGAUCCCUAUGUGAAUCAGGAGGAGGCCACUGUGGGCAUCUCGCAGCUGGUGAAGCAAGGCGUUAAAGUAGCCCGGAAAAUCCACGAGUUGAAAGAAGAUGCUGAAAACUCAACGAAGCCUUCAAAGAACCCCGCAGACGAUAUAAUAUAUAUAUCGCUGACGCAACUGCAAAAUCAGACGGACAAGAACAUUGCCCCGAAGACAUUGCCCAUCUGGAUGCGCUACAUGGAGCUCAUCCUGAAGGGCACCCGGCACGAGAAAAACCGCCAAAUGACCACCAAUCUGACCAUCAUCACCAGCCAGGCGGAUAUUCUCUACCUGCAGAACGUAGUGGAGUAUCUGGAGGAGACUCCACCGUCCCACAUUGAGUCCUACCUCUGGCUGAGCACCAUCGAGGAGCUGGUGCUGCAUACCACUAGCUCCAUGCGUCUACUCCAUUCGGAGUAUAUGCGGCUGGCCAUCGGCACUGAGGGUAGCACACCACGAUCCCUCUACUGCGCCAAUGGAGUGAACAGCCUCUUCGGGAUGGCCGUCAGCUAUGUCCUGGCCGACGAGGAGUUCACCAGGGUGAAGCUGCCGCGCGUGCAGCGGAUGCUGAGCGACAUACGACGAGCCUUCGAUCGCCUGGUGCGCUCUACAGCCUGGAUGGAUGCGGCAACCAAGCGAAAGACGAUGCAAAAGUCCGCCGAGAUGAAGAGCUUCAUUGGCUUUCCCUCGUGGCUGAGGAAUGGCACGGCUCUGAAUGCAUACUACGAAGGGGCGGAGGUGAAUGCCAGCAUGCACCUGGAGAACCUGAUGGGAUUCGUGCACUGGCAGAUGAUGGAGAAACUGAACGAAAUGGAUAAGCCGGAGCCAAUUGGAUGGGCAACGUCGCCCUCUAAUGUGAAUGCCUUCCACACGUUUCAAUCAAAUGCUAUAACGGUUCCCAUUGCCAUUCUCCAGUAUCCGUUUUAUGACCUUGGUCUUGAGGCAUUGAAUUAUGGCUCGAUUGGCACCAUCCUGGGGCACGAGCUGACGCACGGCUUCGACGACAGCGGACGGCGUUUCGACAGGGACGGUAACAUGGUCGAGUGGUGGUCCAACCAGACAAUCAACGAGUACGUCAACCGUACGGAGUGCUUCGUGGAACAGUAUAGUCGAUAUCAUCUCGCGGACAUUGAUGAAUACAUCGAUGGGGAAUUAACACUGGGCGAGAAUAUUGCCGAUAAUGGAGGGAUGCGGGAGGCCUACUACGCCUACCGCCUCUACGUCAAGGAGAUGGGACGGGAGCGAUCGAAGCUCCCAGGCCUGGAGCACUAUACGCACGAGCAGCUCUUCUUUAUUGCGUUUGGCAAUCUCUGGUGCGAGACGUACACUCCAGCCGCCUCCCGCUAUGCCCUCAGCGACUCCCACUGCCCCGGACAGAUGCGACUAAGAGGAGUGCUAUCCAAUUCGGAGGAGUUUGCGAGGACCUUCAGGUGUGCACGUGGCUCGGCCAUGAAUCCCAAUCAGCCCAAGUGCCGCAUUUGGUGAUGGGAUCCCAUGAAAUUGUUUCGUAAGGGGUAACAGGGGAAAAACAGGAACAGUCAAGUGAUUUUCUACAUCUUUGUACUAGGAUUAGGUUUUAGAUUUUAGAUCAAUUAUACAGGUGUCUAUUGCACGGUUCUUUACGAUUGUGCAAUAAAUGGUAAAUGCUUCACAACAGAGCUCAGUACUUAGGAUUGCAAUUUCCCUAUCCCUCUAGGGAUCCGCCGCACACAUAUUUAUAUACAAACUGUCUCUCAUUUU